UUGUGCUUGUGCAUGAGAUGUAACGGUGGGGAGGAGUUUCUUGUGUAUGGGCCACUUGUGGUUCCUCCUCAGUGGCAGUGACAUAUUACAACACACAGGGCAGAUUAUAUCGACCUGUCAGAGUUUGAUCGGGAGACUUCUGCUGCAGAUUCAUCCUCAACAGACCGCCGGACUUAGAGAAAGGUUCAAAGACAAUGAUGGAGCUAAUGACUGCUACCCCUUUCUACGCCAUGAACUCAUCAAACAUCACUGGAAGAAACAACUCCUUGGACGAAGAGGACGAGCUCACCGAGCUGAGACUGUCCCUCAAAAUCAUGUCUCUCAUUGUUUACUGCCUGGCCUUUGUUCUCGGUGUGUUGGGGAAUGGAGUGGUUAUCUGGGUGACCGGGUUCAAGAUGAAGAAAACAAUUAACACCGUUUGGUUCCUCAAUCUCGCUGUGGCUGACUUCCUCUUCACGGCGUUCCUGCCCCUGGGUGUGACGUAUACCGCUCUGGAUUACCACUGGCCUUUUGGCAACUUUAUGUGCAGACUCAAUGCCCUUGUACUAUCCUUGAACAUGUUCGCCAGUGUCUACUUCCUGAUGGUGAUCAGUGUGAACAGAUGUGUGUCUGUGGUGUGGCCCGUCUGGGCCCAGAACCACCGAAGUGUACGCAAGGCUUCCUGCGUGAGUCUGGUUGUUUGGAUACUGGCUCUGAUUCUCAGCGCUCCAUACAUCAUCUUCAAGGACACUGUGUCAGACCCUUACGAUGAAGACAUCGUCUACUGCUUCAGUAACUUUUCCCUUUCUGACGACAAAGAAACACCAUCAGUGAAACAGCUGGGAGAUUUUCGACAUCAGACCAUGACCAUUACCCGCUUCCUCCUGGGAUUCGUCGUCCCCUUCACGGUCAUCGUCUCCUGCUAUGCCGUCAUCAUCCAUCGUCUCAGGAGGACCCGCACCCUGGCCAGCCAAUCGAGUCGCCCCUUCAAGAUCAUCGCUGCCGUCAUCAUCACUUUCUUCCUGUGCUGGGCGCCGUAUCACAUCAUGGCUCUCAUCGAGAUGGUUAAUCACACGGCGAUCCACUUGAGUGAAACAUUGGGCCACAUCAUCACUAUCGGUUUCCCUAUAGCAACCAGCCUGGCCUUUCUCAACAGCUGCCUGAACCCACUGCUGUAUGUGUUCAUGGGUAAAGAUCUUAAAGACAAAAUCUGCAAGUCCAUCAUGAACCAGUUGGAGACUGCCUUCCAGGAGGAAGAGACACACUCUUACACCAAGACAAAGUCAACAAACAGAGACAAGCAAGCUAGUAAUACCAAAGAAGUGUUCCGCCCUGAAAAGGGGAGAUAUCAAUAAAGACGCUUGGACACAAUGUUUCCUCUCCGGCAGCUUCAUUGAGAAUGGCACCUUGGCCCGAGAGCUCCCCUAUCUGGCCUUUGCAGGUAUGACUAAUCAAUCACCAAAUGACACCGCUCGAACAGGCUAUACCAGUAGAUCACAGAUUAUUUCAUCUGGCAGGUAGAAAUCCUUACUGUUUUAACAAAAAGGUUUUUAACUUUGUUAACCCUUUUUGUUUAAAACUUUGACCUUUUUCACAGGACUUUGUUCUUAUAGCUUAAAUAUUUUAACCCUUUCUAAGACUAUAAAAUAAUUCCAUUUGUUUUUAUGUCCCUAUGACUGCUUUUAUUGCCCAUUGAAUUUUUAUUCAAUUUUAUUCAAUUUUUAUUUAGCUGGAAUAUAAAUCUACAGUGUAAAAUAGUGCUGUCAACAAACAGGUUUAUAGAAAGUUAAUUUCCCACCUUCCCCCUCAUACUUAACCCCACCCACUGAUGCCAUUGUGUGUGUGUGUGUGUGUGUGUGUGUGUGUGUGUGUGUGUGUGUGUGUGUGUGUUUGUGUGUGUGUGUGAAAGAAACAUAUAUUUGUGACUGCUCCAUGUCCAUUGCAUGAUCUAAUAAAAAUGUUGUUCAGCUUGAGGACUGAUUCCUGAGAGACUAAUAAAGAGAUACUUUACGUUACCAUUAAUUUAUCAUGAAUAAAGUAGCAGCUGUAUUGUAAACUUGCGUAGAACAGCUUCAUUUGACUUUGUCUUUUUUUGUCUUUUGAUGAUGAUGAUGGCUGUUAUUUUGAUACUUUUUUGUUACCACCAUUUUUUUCAGAAUCAAAAUAUCAUCAGGUCUUGACCACCUUAUCUCUCAAAAUGUUCAUCUCAUUAUCACCUUUUAAUAUCACAUUUCACUGUGACAAAUAUGCUUUACUAUAUAAUUCUGCAAAUCACUGAUUAUAAGUUGCUUUUAUCAUGAUAUAUACAAUAAUUGAAUGUCUUUUUACAUAGGAAAAAUACUUUAGUAGAAUGGUUUGUGCAUAUUCAUGUCAAAUUUUUGCACUCUUUGAUUGCUUUGAUAUUCUCCACUGAUGCAAAGGACCGGCUGCUUUGAGCCUAAUAAAGACAUAUUUUUCUGACUACGA